AUGCAACGGCCCAACGAUCUGGCUUUCAUCCGCCCGGACGUUCCAUACGAACAGCUAGCUGGGGUCGACUCGCAGGACCUUGUACCCAUGAUCAACGAGUACAUAAUGCGCACAUCUGACCUUUUAAAUUCUUUUGUACAUCGUUUUCAACGCAAAAUCGACGAGGUCGAGCAGAGAAUGGGUUCAAUUGAUAUCAUGAUUCAGCUACUCGAGAAGAAGGUAACCUUUUUUACUAUAAUUAAUACGCCAUUUCAAGUUUUCCGGGUUUUAAUGAAAGGAAAAGUUCUUUUUUUAACAUUUUGGAAAGAAAAAAAUAAAGUUUUUUUAAAUUUAAAAAAGGAGAAAACUUUAGGAUUAAACGAUUUGCACAGUUCAAUUUAAAAAAAUGUUAUUGCACCGUGCAGUGUAAUAAAAAUAAAAUUUAUAAAAAAUUUAAAACAAGAUUAAAGAUUUAAGUUAGGUGUCAAAAAAUAUGAUUGAAGACUAUCUUUUAUGGUUUAUUAGUGGCGACAGAACAUUAAUCAUGCUUUCACACUUAAAAUAAUAUUUUUUUAAUAAUUUUUACUUUCGUUUGAAUUUUUAAGCCCAAACUUUAUGUUUGUUGAUGAAAACGUGUUUAUAAUUGUGUAUCUUUAUUAUGUUUGAAGAAUCUUUUUAGUUUUUCUAAUUAUUUUUUUACCAAUUUGAAGAAGUCUGAUCUUUUAACUGUAAAAUGCACUUUUAAAACAAUAAUAUUUUUAUAAAAAGAUACUUAAUAUACGGUUACCACUAAUAUAUCAAAAGUAAGUAAAGUCCGUAUGUUGAUCUAUGUUGACAAGUACGUAUAUGUAAGCGUAUAUGAGCUUGCCUUAUAUUUUUUAAGUAGAAACAACGAAGAAGUCAUUUGAAGUUUGGUGAAAACUUUAGCCGAUACCUUGGCCAUAGCCUAAGCCCUAGUCUAAGCUGUAAUCUAAGCCGUAACCUAGCCGUAUUUGUAGCUUUACCGUAGUCGCACUCUCGCUUUCCUUGUUUCUACACAAGUCAUAUCCUAUACUAUCCUAACAUAGUACAUUAGCAUACCGCAAAAGCUAAGCACUUUUGUGUCCCAACGUUACUUUAUGCGAAAAUUGAACAUUUUGGUCAUUAAAGAUAAACCGCUUUUUUUCAAAGGUCAAUCAGAUUGUUAAGAAACCACUUGUUCUAAGUUCAAUCAGUUCGCAAAAUUUCGUAAAGUUAAUUGACUAAUGUUUCAACAAUGCCCAAGCAGAACCAAUAACCGGUAUUACAUUCGAAAAAACUCCGUAGCAGCAUGUAGAACCCUACUCAACAUUUAUAUCGUGAAAAAGUUGAAAGUUGUGAAGAUGAUUAUUAAUGCCCGGUUUUCUUAUAGCUGGAGCGAGUCAAGGUUGGGAACAAACCACAAACCAAGCCUGAACACAAGACCGGUUCCGUCAAUGCGGAAGAGCAGCAAUUAACCGCCGCUGACAUGAACGAUGAUGACAUCCUACAAAAGGACAAACAGGAGCCGAAACAAGGAAGUGAUAAGGAUGGGGAGUUUCAUGGUGAUGGUUUGAGGAAGGGUCAUAGUGAAGGUGGUUUGAGGGUGGGUCAAACAGAAGUUGAUUCAGUUAGCAUGGGUAAUGAUGAAGGAGAGAUAGGAGGGAAGGAAGAGAAAGGCGAAGAAACCAACACGCCCGAGGGCAUGGUGAAAGUAAAAGACCAUCCUGCCUACAGUAAAUACUUCAAAAUGGUUAGAGUAGUAUGUUUUCACUAUUUUUUUCAUUGGGGGGGGGGGGGGGUAAAGUGGGUGGGGUAAAAAUGAACAAUAUUUCAAAAAAGUGAUCAGAGGGCCCUUUAAUUUUUUUAAAAUUUAAUGUUUUUGAAAUUCAUAAUUUUAAAACUAAAAUGAUAAAAACUGAUAAGACUGCUGUUCUAAAAUUAAUUUUAAAAUUUAAGGGUAUUCCGGAAAUGGCAGUGGCACAAAAAAUGAAUUCAGAAGGCGUAAACGGAGCUUUUCUGGCUACCCCCGAGGCAUUAAUACCUUUAGAAUAG